AUGAGUGCGAAAACUGUACGUGGGUCGGAGGCAUUUACGCGUUUGCGCUUGCGCGAACGCUUGCGUCAGGCUAAUCCAAACACCGUUUAUGACUCCGAGCAGGAGGAUUUUGAUGAGCGCUUUACCUUCGAAAAGAGCGAAAUAGUACCCUCGUCGGAUCUAUGUAAUGAGAAACACGCGGCGCUGAACGCCGAUCUCGAGGACGUCAAAGCCAGACUCGAAGAACUAUGUCGGGAAGAACAUGAAUCAUUCCUGGAUGCUGAUGAAGAAGACUCGGACUGGGAGAGGUACCGAAGAAUAUCAGCGACGUUGAAUUCGGAUGAGCCAGGCAUGGAUACCUCAGUUCUUGAGCGAAUUAGAAACGGAGAAGGACCACGCGACACUUUGUUUGAAGAUAUGCUUGCACCAUUACGAUCGAGGCCGCUAGUACCAGGAACAGAAGAAUCAAAAGAAGACAUGUUGGAAGUGCUACUUGCCUGGAACAAGCGCAUUACUGACGACUGUAAUGAUGAUCUUACAGCGCGCAAGGCGUUUAUCGCUGCUUUGGAAGAGAGAGUGAAUGUUGUCGAUAAGGUUACGGCGAUCGUGAGCGACGACACGAAUAGUAAUCAGAACAAUGAGAUUGGCCAUGAUGGUAUUCUGGAGCCUUCUCAACGGCGAUUGCUGAAAGCCAUUCAGGCAUAUCGACCAGAAACCAGAUCUUUUAAGAACCAGGACCCAUUUAACAUGCUUAUCAUUCUAUUGGCGCAUGUUCGACAGGAAGAGUUUGAGGUGGCGGACAAAGAUGAUUGUAUAAACCUUGCUUUGUGGGUAUUGAUUGGACAGGGACAACUGAAGUACCGCUUCGAUCGUGAGAAGCAAAGACGUUCAUACCAGAGUCAAAAGGAGGACGCAGAGCAAGACGGCAAUCCAGACAAAGUAAGACGCUGUACAGCUAGAUGGAGAGUCUACAAUAAGAGAUUGGCAGAAAGAACGAUGCGGAAAUUGAUGACCAGAAUCCAAUGCGCGCGAAACGGAAUGAGAAAGAUCGGAAUUGAUGAGCUAUUGAAGUUAGCUGUACUUCGUUCAGCGCAGCCACGCGCAGAAAGAGACGAUAUUCUAUAUGACUAUACUCCGUCCUGGGGAGAGAUAUUGGACAGGUGCACUCAGGCGGACGACUAUGAUACCUUGAACAACAAGCUAGGAAAUUACUUCUCGGAUCUGCAGACCACUCUCGAAGUAACUGCAAGCAAAGUUCAAGAUAUGAAGACAACCCAUAACAUGGUCUUGUCCAGAACGGCGAAGUUCGUUGGCGCUGAUCUGAGAGGUCGGAAUGAAACUGAGAGAGCGCGUAUAAUGACAGCACGGCUGAACGAUCCGGUUACGGUGAAGAUAAUGGAGGAGACGCUGGAGGGCAUGUUGAGCACGCGCCUAGUUGCAACGCAGAUGCUUGUGCACGUGAAUUUGAUGGAAGAGUCAAUAAGUGGAUUGCUGGAAGCUGCAGCAGCGAAACAUGGCGACUUGACUGGACUGAUCCGCUUGAUUAAUCGCGACGAGAGGCCGAUUUCUAGCAACGAGGCCGAUGUUGAAGAUGCUUCUAUUAAGAGAAGUGAAGACGAAGAAGUUUGA